AUGUUCAGGCAGCCAUUGAGGGCAGGGGCAGGCCUCUUGUUUAUACACCCUCUCCCAUACGUUAGCAGCAUCAAAAAUCUUUGGAACAAUAAGUCCGAAGAUGACAAAAUAGAUGCUAACGACAAAUAUGAUAUCAAACUCAUCAAAGGUAAGUUCAGCAAGCUUCGAGACCAUUACGGCGUACCCAAGCACCCCAUAGUUUUGUGUCACGGGCUCCUGGGCUUCGACACGCUAAACUUGUUUGAGCUUCCCCAGUUUGCCGACACCGAUCUCGAGAUGAUAGCUGAAAGUGUCCAAGGAAGCGGUAUUCUGGUGAAUUAUUGGCAUGGAAUCGAGGAUGCGCUUACCAAGGCUGGAGCACUGGUUAUCACGGCCCGAGUCCCACCUUUUGGAACUAUAGAUCAGCGAGCCGAGCGUUUGGAUGCUUUGUUAAGGGAGAAAUGUGAGGAUCAUGAAGAAAAGACACACGGAGAAAGACUCAAGAUCAACAUCGUGGGACACUCCAUGGGUGGCCUUGACGCCAGGUACCUUAUUCUGAAACUCCAAACCGACAAGUCUCCCUAUGAAGUUGUCAGUUUGACCACAAUUGGUACACCUCAUCAUGGAUCCGAAUGUGCCGAUUUCGUCAUGGAUAUCUUGACAACGCUGUUCUUGAAGGAGUUCAACAAAGAGGUCACCAAUAACAGCAAUGUGUCAUACUUCUCUUACGGCGCUCUGAUGCCACCCCAUGGAGUCUGCGUCUUUCGUGCCACAUAUGAGAUUAUCAAGCACGAAAUUCAAAAACGUGGUGGAACUCAUUGGGAAAACGAUGGCAUGGUCAGCGUUGAGCUGUCCAAAUGGGGAGAGUACUUGGGCACAUUACCUUAUCAAUUGGACUAA